UGAACUUCAAGAGAUGGCACUGUAGGAGAAUGGGUAUAAUCUCUAUAUGGAAGGAGCCUUGUUUGGGAUAAUCAGCUGAGCCUAGCCAAUUUGAACUAUGGAUUUCAAUGCCAACACACUGUGCUGUGCUAGUGCCCGGGGUGAUGUGAAUCUGGCAAGACAGAUGCUACAGAGUGGUAUCCCAGUAAAUGCCCCAAACUCUCAUGGAAGGACCCCAAUCCAGGUCAUGAUGAUGGGCAGUCCUCAAAUGGCUGAAUUGCUGCUGGAUUACGGCGCUGACCCAAGUGUUCCUGACCCCAGUACAGGAACCUGCCCAACUCAUGAUGCAGCCCGUGAAGGCUUUUUGGACACUCUGCUAGUGCUGCUGAGGAAUGGGGCAAAUCUCUACGAACCACGGGACAACUAUGGUCAGCGACCCAUAGACCUGGCUUCACCAGACCUAAAAGCAAAAUUACUGUUGCUAGGAUAUCGCUGACUUUUUACUUUUUUUUCUCCUGUUGGUGUUAAAAUAUUAUUAUACAAUUGUAAUAUAAAAUACUAGCAAAGGUGAAUGGAGCACAUGGUAGUAAUUUAUUGCUUUUUGUGUUUUUCUUAUACCUUCCUGUUAUGUUUUCCUUUUUUCUGUGCUUUUUCAUUUUCUUAUAAUUUCCCAUUUUUCCUUCAAGUCAUGUAAUUACUCUUAUUUCCUACCACCCCCUUUUUUUAUUUCACAUUUUCUAUUCCUCUUAAAUAACAUUUCUACACCCGUCUUUUGUUUAACUAUCGUACCAGUUCCAGGUUCCUCCUUUCUCCUCCCAGUUUUUUUUAGCUCCAAAUUUUGGCUGCUUUUCUGUUCUAUAAAUUUUGCCUUCGUUCUUUCCUUCUUUUGUUCCGUCUCUCAUUUCUAAUAUGAAAACACAUGUACAGUGUAAAUAUGUAAAUCUUUGUGACCAUGGCAGAUUGCAGGGAGUGCAGGGAGCUAAAUAAACUACAUAUUGGAAGUGCUACAAA